AUGCAAACAACAAACACACAAACACCACCACUACCACAAAGUAUUGACGAGAUUAAAUCUAAAUCUUAUCAUUCUAGUGAAUUAGAUAUACUUGGAUGUAAACAUUAUGCAAGAAAUUGUAAAAUUAAAGCAGCAUGUUGUGGUAGAAUUUAUGUUUGUAGAUUAUGUCAUGCUGAUGAUCCAGUAAAUUUUAAACAUGAAAUAAACAGACAUGCAACCAAAGAAGUUUUAUGUAUGUUUUGUCAAACAUUACAACCAGUUAGUAAACAAUGUAUAAACAAUGAUUGUAAUAAAGAAUUUGCAAGAUACUUUUGCGAUGUUUGUAAAUUCUAUGAUGAUUCUCCAACUAAAAAAAUUUAUCAUUGUGAUAAAUGUGGUAUUUGUAGAGUUGGUUCACGUGAUGAUUAUAUUCAUUGUGAUAAAUGUAAUGGUUGUUUAAAUAAAAGUGGUUUUAAUUCACAUAAAUGUAUUGAAAAUAAAUUUUCAAAUUGUCCAAUUUGUAUGGAAGAUUUAUUUAGUAGUCGUGAACCAUCAACACCAUUUGAUUGUGGACAUAUGAUCCAUAGUUCAUGUUAUAAUGAUUUCAUUAAAUCUGGUUCUUUUAAAUGCCCAAUUUGUAAAAAAUCUAUAGGUAAAAUGCAUUGGAAACAUACAGAUAAUAUAAUAAAAAGAAGUAAAAUGCCUGAAAUGUAUAGUGGUAGUACUGUUUCAAUUUUAUGUAAUGAUUGCCAAGAGAAAUGUGUUGAUCAACCAUUUCAUUUCAUUGGUACAAAAUGUACCUCUUGUGGUAGUUAUAAUACAACAAUCACUUCAAAAAAUAUAAUAAUUGAUGAGACAAAAGAUUCAAGUUUCACUGUUGUUGAAGAUGCUGAAGAAGAUGAAGAAGAUGAAGAAGAAGAAGAUGAAGAAGGUGAAAGAUUGGGUGAGGAUGAAGAAGUUGUUGAAGGCGAUAACGAUGAAGAUGAUGAUGAAGAAGUCGUUGAAGAAAAUAAUAAUAAUAAUAAUAAUAAUAAUAAUAAUAAUAAUUAA